AUGCAAGGAACAAACCGUGUCAAAUCCGUUCUCGACAAGGGCAGACUCGCGCUGGGCGUGUGGCAGAUGUUGCCCGGCAGCAACAUGUCGCGUACUCUAGCACGAGCUGGAUAUGAUUGGGUUCUGGUAGACUGUGAACAUGGCAACAUUGACGACGCUGCAAUGCAUGAAGCUGUCCCCGCCAUAACGUCAUAUGGAGUCAGUCCCAUUGUCCGAGUUCCGGAUUUCCAGUCGUGGAUGAUCAAACGAGCACUGGACGCAGGUGCCCAUGGAGUCCUCGCUCCCCUAGUCCGAACAGUCGAGGACGCCAAGAGCUUCGUCGAGGCAUGCCGAUUCCCACCACAGGGCAAGCGAGGCUUCGGCUCGCCAUUCCCAAUGGAGCGCUUUGGCCCAAAUGUGACUGCUACGCAAUAUCUGACCGAGGCCAAUGCCAACCUUUUGCUAGCCGUGCAAAUUGAGACCAAGGAAGCAUUCGACGAUGUUGAUGCCAUUGCCGCUGUUGACGGGCUCGACCUGUUGUUUGUGGGGCCAUUCGAUCUCGGAAAUGGUAUUGGACACCCCGUGUUGACCGGCACCUUCGCCCCUGAAUUGGAGCAGGCUAUUGAGAAGGUUCUGGCUUCGGCUCAUAAGGCUGGCAAGAAGGCUGGUAUUUACUGUGGGAGUGGAACUCAGGCGAAGAAAUAUGCUGAUCUUGGAUAUGACUUUGUCAAUGUUAUUACUGAUAUUGGGGCUUUGACUAGCUCGCUGGCGAGUGAGAUGCAGAUUGUUACUCAGAAGGCGGGUAAGACUACUUCUGGGCCUUAUGGUAACUAG